AUGUGUUUAGGUAAUGUUUUUAGUGAGUGUAUUGUACUCUUGCCUGUCUCUACCUCUGUUCUCUUGGUUCUCUCUGUAACUCUGGAGGUGUAUUGUAGCAUGCUGUGUAUUCAGGGAGUGUUUUGAGUGUUCUAAGUGUUCUCUCUUCUCUCUGUCUCUCUCUGUAGCUCUGGUUCUAGAGUGUUCUAAGUGUUCUCUCUUCUCUCUGUCUCUCUCUGUAGCUCUGGUUCUAGAGUGUUCUAAAUGUUCUCUCUUCUCUCUGUCUCUCUCUGUAGCUCUGGUUCUAGAGUGUUCUAAAUGUUCUCUCUUCUCUCUGUCUCUCUCUGUAGCUCUGGUUCUAGAGUGUUCUAAGUGUUCUCUCUUCUCUCUGUCUCUCUCUGUAGCUCUGGUUCUAGAGUGUUCUAAGUGUUCUCUCUUCUCUCUGUCUCUCUCUGUAGCUCUGGUUCUAGAGUGUUCUAAGUGUUCUCUCUUCUCUCUGUCUCUCUCUGUAGCUCUGGUUCUAGAGUGUUCUAAGUGUUCUCUCUUCUCUCUGUCUCUCUCUGUAGCUCUGGUUCUAGAGUGUUCUAAGUGUUCUCUCUUCUCUCUGUCUCUCUCUGUAGCUCUGGUUCUAGAGUGUUCUAAGUGUUCUCUCUUCUCUCUGUCUCUCUCUGUAGCUCUGGUUCUAGAGUGUUCUAAGUGUUCUCUCUUCUCUCUGUCUCUCUCUGUAGCUCUGGUGGAAGCCUGCAAGGAGAGAUACAGUCUGGGCCAGUCGCUAAGCAACCUGCUGCCAGUCAGGAUGGUGACGACUAUGAUGCUUCCCUAUACCCUCCCCCUGGAGUCUGCUCUGUCCCUGACUGUUAGGUAAGACUAGACCCUAUACCCUGGAGUCUGCUCUGUCCCUGACUGUUAGGUAAGACUAGACCCUAUACCCUGGAGUCUGCUCUGUCCCUGACUGUUAGGUAAGACUAGACCCUAUACCCUGGAGUCUGCUCUGUCCCUGACUGUUAGGUAAGACUGGACCCUAUACCCUGGAGUCUGCUCUGUCCCUGACUGUUAGGUAAGACUAGACCCUAUACCCUCCCCUGGAGUCUGCUCUGUCCCUGACUGUUAGGUAAGACUAGACCCUAUACCCUGGAGUCUGCUCUGUCCCUGACUGUUAGGUAAGACUAGACCCUAUACCCUGGAGUCUGCUCUGUCCCUGACUGUUAGGUAAGACUAGACCCUAUACCCUGGAGUCUGCUCUGUCCCUGACUGUUAGGUAAGACUAGACCCUAUACCCUGGAGUCUGCUCUGUCCCUGACUGUUAGGUAAGACUAGACCCUAUACCCUGGAGUCUGCUCUGUCCCCUGACUGUUAGGUAAGACUAGACCCUAUACCCUGGAGUCUGCUCUGUCCCUGACUGUUAGGUAAGACUAGACCCUAGACCCUAUACCCUGGAGUCUGCUCUGUCCCUGACUGUUAGGUAAGACUAGACCCUAUACCCUAUACCCUGGAGUCUGCUCUGUCCCUGACUGUUAGGUAAGACUAGACCCUAUACCCUAUACCCUGGAGUCUGCUCUGUCCCUGACUGUUAGGUAAGACUAGACCCUAGACCCUCCCCCUGGAGUCUGCUCUGUCCCUGACUGUUAGGUAAGACUGGACCCUAGACCCUCCCCCUGGAGUCUGCUCAUUAUUAUUAUUAUUAUUAUUAUUAUUAUUAUUAUAUAUUACUAAAGCCCUCUUUCUUCUCCCAGACUUUUAGAACGGCUUAUUAUUAUUAUUAUUAUUAUUAUUAUUAUUAUUAUUAUUAUUAUUAUUAUUAUUAUUAUUAUAUAUUACUAAAGCCCUCUUUCUUCUCCCAGACUUUUAGAACGGCUUAUUAUUAUUAUUAUUAUUAUUAUUAUUAUUAUUAAUAUUAUCAUGGUAUAUUUCUAAAGCCCUCUCUCUCCUCCCAGACUGUUAGAAUGGCUGCCUGAUGUGCAGGAGGAUGUGGGAUGGAUUGGAGAACAGAUGGUUAAGAUGCUACAGUGUGCUGUGACACGGGCCACCAAGUCUGUGUCCAACAGGGUCUCUGCAAAGUGAGAAGCCACACACACACACACACACACACACACACACACACACACACACACACACUGAAACACAGACAAACAAAGAGACAGACAGACAUUUUCCCCAUUUUCCCUUACCGUUUGUACACAAUUAGUUGAAGUUGUGUAUUAGUACACAGUGCAGUGAAAUGCUUCCUUGCAGGUCAACAAUGCAACAACAAUAAGACAGUAAUUAAGUGAAUAAAAUAGUACAAAGAAAGUAAAAGCUCAAUCAAUAAAAUAUGAUAAAAUUGUAGCUCUAAUAUAAUAUUUUGAGCAAACAAAGUAACAGUUAAAACUAAAAUACACCAAAAACAGCAAAGUGGCGUGGGAGCCUGACACCCUCCAAAGUGGAGUGGGAGCCUGACACCCUCCAAAGUGGAGUGGGAGCCUGACACCCUCCAAAGUGGAGUGGGAGCCUGACACCCUCCUACUCAUCUUGUAUAGAUUUUCACAAACACAAAAAACUCACUUUCUGUAAGUCCUCAUAAUGUCUACCUUAUCCCUCUAGGAUCCGACACACUCUUUACGCCUUAUGCCCCUAAGGAAUGAGGUCCGUAAGAAGAGAGAGAGAGAUGAGAGAGAGGAGAGAGAGAGAGAGAGCGAGAGAGAGAGAAAAAGGGAGCGAGGAAAAAGAGGAGAAGAGGAUGGAGACUACCUUAGAUAGGCGAGAGAUACUCACACUCUUCUAAAAGAAAAGGGAGAGAGAAAAAAGAGAGAGAGGGAGAUGAGAAGAAGCCCUCUCCCCUUUCUCUCUCCUCUCUCUCUCUCUCUCUCUCUCCUCCCCCCCUCUCUCUCUCUCCCCCUCUCUCUCUCUCUCCCCCUCUCUCUAUGCUUCCCUCUCUCUAGGUUUUCCUACCAGUUGGAGCUACAUCACUGCCAGUCCCUGCCUGCCCAGCUCCUCCCUGCCGGCCUGCUCCCUGGCUGGGUUAGUGGAGGCAGCUCCUCUGUCCUGGAUAUUAUCAGCCGUCUGGACCAAUACCAGAGGCAGCUGCUUCCGGGCUCCUUCUGUGUCAACCUGGACCUCCGGGGCUCCUUCUACACCGGGGGUCCAACAGGUGGGACCCCAGGCCCAGGAGGGUCCACCAGAGCUGGGGAAGGAGGGCCAAGACCAGCCCUGGCCCCUACAGCCCCCAUCGUAGACCCAGAGGAGGUGGAGGGGAUGGGGCUGAUGAUGAGGAGGCUCAGUGAAAACCACAACUCUACUGCAUCUCUUCCAGCCUCACUGUAG